AUGGUCAUGUUGAAAUACAAAUAUUCAUUAAAAUUGCCAUUAAAUUCAUAUAUUUAUUCCAAAACCAACCUUAAGAGUUUAAAUUACAAAUGCUACCUUAAUUUGUUUAUUAUACCGCUCAAGGAUUUCUUAAAGUACGCCAAUUUGUUUUAUCUAUCAAUUGGUAUGUUGGCCUACGACAAUGAUGGCAUAGAAAAAUGGAAACAGCGUCUUUUGAAUUACAAUUUCAUAUUUCAAAUGGUGAAUCUCAAUGCUGUGCUUAUCUCGGAGUUGAUCUAUGUGUUUCUGGCAAUUACAAGUGGCACAAACUUUUUGGAGGCAACCAUGAAUCUAUCCUUCAUUGGCUUUGUGCUGGUCGGCGAUUUAAAAAUUUGGCAUAUUUGGCGCAAGCGAGAAAAAAUUACCCGCGUGGUUACCCAAUUGGAGCAACUGCAUCCACACUCCCUGGAGCAUCAGAAGUUCUAUGCCGUUGAUGAAUCUUUGCGUGGUUACAGACGCGUUAGCAUCUUCUACUUUGGCAUGCAUUUGAUGCUAAUCUGGACCUAUAAUCUAUACUGGGCCAUCUAUUAUGUUGUGUGUGAUUUCUGGCUAGGAGUUCGUCACUUUGAACGCAUGUUGCCAUAUUAUUGUUGGGUACCCUGGGAUUGGAGUACCAAUUUCAGCUAUUAUCUGAUGUAUGUCUCACAAAAUAUAGCCGGACAGGCUUGUCUCUCUGGUCAACUGGCUGCGGACAUGCUAAUGUGUGCCGUGGUCGUGCUUCUGGUCAUGCACUUUACCUGCCUAGCUCGUCGCAUCGAGCAGCAGGUGGCCGGCGUUGAGUCGAUGAAAAGUGAUAUGGUUUUCCUGCAGACAGCGAUUGCCUAUCAUCAGCGCAUACUCCAACUCUGCCUCGAUAUGAACGACAUUUUCGGUGUCUCAUUGUUGUGCAAUUUUGUGUCCUCUUCGUUUAUUAUUUGCUUUGUCGGCUUUCAAAUGACCAUCGGAGGAGAAAUUGACAGUCUGGUCAUGUUAAUGCUUUUCCUUUUCUGUGCCAUGGUUCAGGUUUUCAUGAUCGCCAGCUAUGCUCAAAGACUAUUGGAUUCGAGUGAGGACAUAGGACUGGCUGUCUAUAAUCAUGAUUGGUCCAUGGCUGAUCUACGCUAUAGAAAAAUGUUAAUAUUGAUUGUAAAACGGGCCCAACUACCCAGUCGUCUGAAGGCCACAACAUUUCUUAGCGUUUCCCUGGUUACAGUGACGGAUCUCUUACAAUUAUCCUACAAGUUUUUCGCCCUUCUUCGCACCAUGUACGUGAAAUAA